AUUAAAAACGAGCUAUUAUUAUAGUAUUGUAACUUGGAUACAAGACCAUAAUGUUUGAUCGAUCAGUGUUAGUUCAGAAUUCUUAUAUACAAAGUGCAAUAUUGUUCUCUUGUUAACAUUAAAUUAAAUAAUGGCCACGAUAGACAAGCAAAAAAAUCGCGAUUUUCAAUUAAAUCGUUGUCCAUUAGUGGCCAAAAUUGACGGCACCGAAUUCGUGAAAUUGUCGAGAGAUAUGCAAAAGCUGCUUGGAUGUGUCAUCAACGAGGACGUAUCCUUAGAAUAUCCAUAUGCGUUCGUGUCACGUCAAAAGCUAAGUGAUAUUUCGCGAGAAGUGAAUUCACCUCUAGAUCAUUUAGUUGAAAAAAUUGGUUCAUAUGCUGUAGAAGAGGUAUUGGUUGGCUAUGCAUGUAAUACUGUAGAAGUGGAUAAAUCGGUAUUAGGUGCGGGAAACUUCAUUAUUUGUCUUACCGAGGAAACAACGUCGGCUUUCAUAUCGUAUAAUCGCUCCAUUACCAAAAACUUCCUUAAAAUCGCUAAGAAUCAAAUAAGAAAGAAAGCCAAACAAUGGAAGGAUCAUGGAACCACGGAGGAAGUAAAGGAGACGUUUUUGCGCAUGACAAGACCACUCUAUGAAAUCGAUGUGUGCCUUCCAAUAUCAAAACUUUGCUGUCAAAAGCAUCUCAGCGAUCGCGGGCCUGACGGCGUCAGAGACGGUUAUGUUGAGCUCGUAUCCUCCAAAAAAUUCAAGAAUAUUGCCCUCUUGACGAAAACCGAAACUUGCCAAACAAAUUUAGAAAGCAAAGAUGUAGAGAUACAGACAUACCACGAGGAUUUGACGAAUAAAUGGACGGCUUACGAUUUCGAGAUACCUGUUGAUUUUCAAAAUAUUUGGAAUCAUGUGGAGACGGACGAAGAGGAGAUGUCCAAUGAAGAAAAUGAUGAAACAAAUUCUACGGAAAACAAAGUGGAGAGAGUAAUAACUGAUGAAGAAUUGCAUAUUAAAGAGAACAGGCGAAAACAGUGGGGGAAAGUGAAUAAUUUUUUAAAAAUUCACAUCGAUGAUAUUAUUGAAGCUGUUACAUUUAAUGCUACGGUGAAUCUUUACAAAAAUGAUGUGGCUAAUUUAGCUGUUAAUGAAACAAAUUCAUUAUUAAUGAAUUCUCGUAAAGAGUACAACGAAAGAGUGACCUUAGUUGACCUUAGAACUAUCAAAGACAGACACUUAUUUUCUUUUUCUUGGCAUAGUACGUUAAGUAACGUCAUUAUCUGUACUUAUUCAGACAAGGAUUGUGAAAGUUGUUCUUUGAUUACUUUGUGGUCUCUACAUAGUCCAUUAUGGCCGAAAAUUAUAUUGAAUUGCGAAGAAAAUAUAUCUGAAAUCUCGUUUUGCCCUUUGAAGAGCUAUAGUAACAUUGUUAUUGGAGGCUCGUUCGAUGGAAAAAUUAUUGUUUGGGAAAUUGAUGAGCAUUGGUUGAUAGAUGAACAAAAUAACGAGGAUGACAUAUUGAGUAAUGAUAAAUACAUAGAUUCUGUCAAUAAAGAAGCUAAGAUUGCUGCCUCUGCUGAAAAAGCUCAAAAACUCAGUAUUACAAGCAUCCAAUGGCUACCAUCAUGGUGCGGCAUUAAAGCCGAUGGUAAUUUUGAGAAAAUUUGCUGUAAUUCUUUUAAAUUGCCAAAGCCAUAUUUCGCAACAGCAUCGAUCGAUGGUAGUAUAUUAUUUUGGAGUUUACCCAGAUUAUUGUCGAUUUCAAGUAAAACGCGUAGUCCAUUGCAUUUGACUAUCGCCCCGAUUUAUCAAUUAUUAUUUGAGGAACCAGAUGAAAAAGUUAUGAGCAGAAUUCAAAUAACGUGCUUUAAUUUGACGCUGGCUAAGAGUGAAGAAAGCUUGAAUUUGGAUAUUCGUAAUAAAUUUAACUUGGAAAAGUUGCGGAAGGUCUUCGUAGGAACGGUUAUGGGUGAAGUCAUAUGCUGUACUUGGGAGGGGCAGAUCUAUAAUGCUGACGUCACGGAUUAUGAAACUUGUAAAAUUCUAACGAGAUCAUGCGUGCACGAUGGAAUUGUUAGAACAAUGACAAAAUCGUUUCAUUUGGACGACGUUUUUCUUACCGUGGGUGGUAGGGUUUUCGCUAUAUGGAAAGAAGAUUUUCCAUACGCACCAAUAUUUCAGAAAAGAACCAAGAAAUGUAGAUACGGCGAAGGAUGUUGGAGCGGCAGAUCAGGAAUGUUUAUUUUGACUAGGCUAGACGGUUGUUUUGAAUUGUGGGAUCUCAAGGAAAAAUGUAAUGAGCCGGUAAUGCUGCAAACCAUUUCUGGAAAGAAUGCCCCUUGUACUGUUCACGCAAAGAUUACGCCGUACAUCAUCCCAAGUCCUCCGAAUGCUCGAGAGAAAUUAGUGGCUAUUUUGGACGGACCUUCGGUCCUACGGAUCUUCGCGGAGUCGGGCAAAGAUAGCGAAGACGAGAACCUAGAGCGCAUCGAGUGGCUCGAGGAAUUCGUCUGGCGUGAGACGAAGCGCAAAUACGACUUUCGUCACUGGCAGAAUAACUACCUGCAGCAGCAUCCGACUGCUUUAGCACGUAAGAGCGAGAGAGAAGAAGUCAAAGCGAAGAGAAAGCACGAAGAGGCGAGGCAGAGAUUUUUGAUGGUACGCCCUCGAAUGCCUUCCUUUUGCAUGUGCGACCUUGCAUAAUUGCCCGUCUUCAAGCACAUCGACUUCAAUCAAUACUUGAUUGCU